GCCGGGGGCGGGCCUGGCCCCGGGUGUGGAGCAGCGGACCCGAGGGGGAUGAGUAACUCUCCGCGGCAAGCAGGCGCGGCCGGCCGGGAGCGUGCCAAGUUCCAGCCCGACGCGAGCUCGGUCCGCAGCGUCCGGGGUCGUGCCCGAGGCCCCGGAGGGGCGGGCGGCCUCACCCAGGGCGGAUAAAAGGGCGGCGCGCCGCGGGCCCUGCUUUCUCCACGCCGGGCCUGCGUCGCGCUGUUCGCGGGCGGGCACCUGACGCCGGAGCCGGGCGCGCGAGGCGUGUGGGCACCGCAGGCAGGGCCAUGGCUGAGGUGGCGCGCGCGCCGGCCACUAGGCCAAGCCUGACCUCCAUCUCGUCGGGGGAGCUGCGCAGCCUAUGGACGUGCGACUGCGAGCUGGCCCUGCUGCCGCUGGCCCAGCUGCUGCGCCUGCAGCCCAGCGCCUUCCAGCUGCGCGGCGACCAGCUUGUGGUGCCCGGCCCCGGGGGACCCGCGGCGGCGCGCGGGGGCUUCAACGUCUUCGGCGACGGCCGCGUGCGCCUCGACGGGCAGCUCUACCGCCUCAGCAGCUACAUCAAGAGAUAUGUGGAACUGACCAACUACUGCGAUUAUAAAGAUUACAGGGAAACUAUACUGAGCAAACCAAUGAUGUUCUUUGUUAAUGUACUGACCAAAAAAGACACCUCAAAAGAAAGAACAUAUGCAUUUCUUGUGAACACAAGGCACCCCAAAAUAAGAAGACAGAUAGAGCAAGGGAUGGACAUGGUAAUCUCCUCAGUGAUUGGAGAAAGCUACCGACUUCAGUUUGACUUUCAAGAGGUGGUAAAAAAAUUUUUCCCUCCAGGAAAUGAGGUGGUUAACGGAGAAAAUUUGAGCUUUGUAUAUGAAUUCAAAGCUGACGCAUUAUUUGAUUUCUUCUAUUGGUUUGGUCUCAGCAAUUCCACUGUAAAGGUGAAAGGAAAAGUUCUGAAUCUGUCAAGUACAAGUCCAGAAAAGAAGGAGACAAUUAAAUUAUUUCUGGAAAAAAUGAGCGAGCCUUUAAUCCGAAGGAGCAGUUUCUCUGACCGAAAAUUCAGUGUAACUUCCAGAGGUUCAAUAGAUGAAGUUUUCAACUGCAAUCUGUCACCUAGAUCAUCGCUGACGGAGGCCCUUUUGGCAGAAUUGCCAUUUCCGAGCGUUUUGGAAUCAGAAGAGACACCCGACCAGUUUAUCUGAUUGGACUGAAUGUGUUGUGGUCGCUGCUACCCGCCGGGCCCGUGCAAGGACAGAAGGCUGAGGAGAGGCCAGAGGCAAUGGGAGGCGGACGCUUCCACCUGCUUUUCCACCCCUCUGCUCCCACAGAAGGCCUCUGCCUUCCAUUUCCUGGGUGAUGCCUUGGCAGGCCCGAUGCAGCUGACUUCAGAAAAGGAGGGCUUUGGCCCCAUGGCCUGAAAGGGUGUCCUCUCCUUUUAACAUUUCUCCAAAAGGACAGAGGAGCAGCAGAGUCCUACCACCCUGAAUGCUUUGCUUAGUGUCCCGGCUUCCUGGGAGCUCCCCUGGCAGACUUUGAGUGUUAACUCUCCACACUGCGUUAAUCAGUCCCUCUGCUUGGGACCUCCUUGUCUGAACCCAAACCCAGCAAGCAGGUGGUUAGCAGUGCUAUUAUCUUGCAAACGUGGCUGGCCAAAAGCCUAGGACAUCUUUCACUGGAAGACAAAGAGGUUUCUCAUCCUUAGGAGGAACAUUCUAGGUAAGGGGUACCCAAGGAUUGGCCAGGUUGAGAGGACAGUAACCUUGCCACCCACUGCCUGAAAUUUGAGCUUCCUUGCCGGUCUCUCUCAUCAAAGUGGCCUGUGUAGAAAGAGGCCAGGUGAUGUGGUAUCAAACAGUGUUAGGGGAAGGAUAAUGUACAGGGUGGCGUCCUCUAUUGGAAGUUCAUUAAGUCAGUUGGGUCCUUUAAAUAAGCUUUCGGCUAUCCUAACACUAAAAGCAAAAUACAAGAAAGCUGUAUGUAGCAUUACCAUAAUACAUUGUUACAUCAAUACAGUUUUCAUCUCAUAGCUACAAUGGAGUUCUUCAAAAAGAAAAAAAAAUUCUAUUUACAUAUAAAAACCUGCAUGAAAGAAUCACUACAUAUGCUUAUAAUGAGGAAGAUUUAUGGGUCCUGAGUAUAAUUUUUCUAUCCUUUUUAAACUUCCUGUAUUAUCCAUCUUGAUAGCACUACUGAUUGUCCCUUCAUUUAUAUUGAUAUGUUGGGUACUCUAUUUGUGCAAUUAAAACUUUUCUUAACAUUCAACAUGGAAUCAAUUAAAUUUGUGACCAAGUGUG